CGCCUCUUUUUUAGUUUUCCCCUCUUUACUUUCUCUCUCUUUCGAUCCAUCGAUCCAUCUCUCUCCCUCCUCCUCCCUCUCUCCGCAAUCGCCAUGGCCGCCGCGAGGGUUCUCGUCCGCCGCGGCUCCGCCGCGCGCGGCGUCCUCUCCGCCCCUCCUCCUCCCCCCACCGUCGCCGCCGCGCGCCUCGUCCAGGCGCAGCCGCACUCGUCCCGAUCAGAGCCCUCGCCGUCGUCCUCCUCGAAGCCGAAGCGGCCGAAGACGUUCUCGAUCUACCGCUGGAACCCCGACGAGCCCUCGUCGAAGCCCCGGCUCCAGAGCUACGAGAUCGACCUCUCCGAGUGCGGGCCCAUGGUGCUCGACGCCCUGAUCAAGAUCAAGAACGAGGUCGACCCCUCCCUCACCUUCCGCCGCUCCUGCCGCGAGGGCAUCUGCGGCUCCUGCGCCAUGAACAUCGACGGCGACAACGGCCUCGCCUGCCUCACCAAGAUCCCCCAGUCCUCCUCCGACGCCGCCACCAUCACCCCCCUCCCCCACAUGUUCGUCGUCAAGGACCUCGUCGUCGACAUGACCAACUUCUACAGCCAGUACAAGAGCGUCGAGCCCUGGCUCAAGCGCAAGGACCCGCCGCCGGUGCCCGGCAAGGAGGUCCCCCAGAGCAAGGCCGACCGCGCCAAGCUCGACGGUAUGUACGAGUGCAUCCUCUGCGCCUGCUGCUCCACCUCCUGCCCCAGCUACUGGUGGAACCCCGAGACCUACCUCGGCCCCGCUGCCCUCCUCCACGCCCACCGGUGGAUUCAGGACAGCCGUGACCAGUACACAAAGGAGCGUCUUGAGGCCAUAAAUGAUGAGUUCAAGCUUUACCGCUGCCACACUAUAAAGAACUGUGUCCAUGCCUGCCCUAAGGGAUUGAACCCUGCAAAACAGAUUGAAUCCAUCAAAAAGCUCCAGCUUCAGUAGACCAUUCCCUUUGGGGUCGGCAUCUAGUCACUAGUUUCUGGAGUUCUGUAUUCUGAGAAAGCAUGGUACUUUUUUGUGUGUUAAUAAUUGUUGCCAUGUCUAAGUUUAGAACUUUUCUGUUUUGCACCUGAAAUAAAAACUAAACUCUUUUGGUCUGUGAUGAAGGAUAUGAUCUCUGCUUGGCAUGUCUCCUUUUAGGAUGUUUGGUUCUAUUUAAACUCAGGGCAGAUCUAAAAUUGUGUCCAAUUGUCUGUAUUAUUGAUUGAAUGGAGUGGUUCAGUGCUUCAAUCACGAGUUACGUAAUUCCUGAAUA